UGAAAAAUAUUUAAGCUGGCCAACUACAAGACUUCUGAAGCAAAAGUUUGCAUGUAAGUGCCACAUUGUUAGAAUAAGUCAAAAACGAGUAAACAAUUGGGAAAAACACAUUCCUUAAAUCUUUGAAGCUGGUUUCACUUAACAAUUUCUAAGAAAACAGUUUCUAUUAACAUUACUGGCAAGGUCUGUUUAAUGACCCCUGCUCAAACAGAUCAGUUUCACAACUGUUAGUGUAUUGCUUGAACAUACCAAUGCAACUGCUCAGCGCCUGAUGUGGUGGAACCCUGCCAGAUUUGUGCAAUAAAAUCCUGCCUGCUGCUCGGUAGAUCGUUAGAAAAGCAAAAUGCUGGUUAACAAGUUAAACGAAUUCCUCACGGAGCAUGAGGCGGAAUCUAGGAUCCUUGCUGCCUUGGGGAUCUGUGUUGCAGUCUCUCUGUAUGGACUGAAAUGGAUGAAGAAAAGGCAUAUUUUGAAGAAGAUAAAACAAGAGAAACAGAGAAAAGAAAUGAGUCUGCAACGAAUGGAGAAACUGGCUGAGAAGUUUAAGAAGCAGAACCCAGGUGUAGAUUCUGGAAGAAUCCUGAACUUGUCAUUGCAGGAACUUACAGAAAAGCUCAGAGAUGGAUCACUUUCUCCUGAGAAUGUUUUGUACACGUAUGUUGAAAAAGCUUUGGAAGUGACCAGAGAUACCAACUGUAUAACCGUUUUUAUGACUGACUGUGAGAACCAGCUCCAAGAAAUCAAAAAGCAGAAGCAAAAGGGUCUAUUAUACGGUGUUCCCAUCUCUAUAAAGGAGCAUGUUGGAUACCACGGACAUCCUUCCACAUGUGGCCUGGUGCAAUACCUUGAUGAGCUUGAGGAAGAAGAUAGUGUUAUUGUUAAGGUUUUGAAGAAACAAGGGGCUGUUAUAUUUGCAAAGACCAAUGUACCACAGACACUGAUAUGUUAUGAAACAAGCAACCCAAUAUAUGGACUUACGACCAAUCCCCAUAACCCCACUAAAGGUGCUGCUGGAUCUACUGGGGGAGAGGGAGCAUUGAUUGGAGGCGGCGGCUCAAUUUUAGGUUUCGGAACAGACAUUGGUGGAAGUAUCCGACUCCCAUCAAGCUUCUGUGGAAUAGCUGGAUUCAAGCCAUCUCCAAAGAGAUUGAGUAUUCAUGGUGUCCGCCCUUGUGUUGAUGGCAUGCUUGCAGUUUUGCUGUGCAUUGGACCAAUGGCAAGGGAUGUGGACAGCCUAGCUUUGUGCAUGAAGGCUCUCUUGUGUGAUGAGAUGUUCAAGUUAGAUCCAACAGUGCCACCGCUUCCUUUUAAUGAAGAGAUCUUCUCUACUCCUAAACUCCUGCGCAUUGGAUAUUAUGAAACCGAUGGCUUUACAUUGCCAAACCCAGCUAUGAGGCGUGUGUUCUUAGAAACAAAAAAGCUGCUUGAAGAAGCUGGACACACGCUUAUACCUUUCAAACCACCCCGAAUUGACUACGUGAUAAAUGAGCUGUUUAUAAAAACACUUCUUGGUGAUGGAGGACAAACAUUAAGUGAGAAGCUCAAAAACAACAUUGUAGACCCUUGUCUGAAAGAUCUGGACUCACUUUGCAACAUUCCUAAAAUAGUGAAGAAGAUUCUGUUCUUUGUACUGAAGCCAUUGCUCCCAAGAUACGCAUGGUUCUUGAGUUCAGCACAAGGUGCAAGCUCCGUAAAGGACCACUGGAAGCAUCAUACAGCUAUAAAGGAAUACCAGACUGAAUUCAUUACUGAAUGGAGAAAGUUGCAUUUAGAUGUGGUCCUGGCUCCUAUGUUGGGUCCAGCGUUUAACCCAGGGUAUCCUUCAAAGCUUUUAGCGGCUGCUUCCUACACAAUGCUGUACAACAUACUAGAGUUCCCGGCUGGUGUUGUAACUGUGGGUUCUGUCACCCAAACAGAUGAAGAAGAACUAAAGAAUUACAAGGGGCACUAUAAUGAUAUGCUAGACAAGCUGUUUGUAAAGGCCGUGGAAGGUGGACUUGGGCUCCCCUUGUCUGUUCAGUGCGCAACUUUACCCUACCAAGAUGAGCUCUGCCUGCGCUUCAUGAAAGAAGUUGAGACUCUGCACCAGAGCAAGAAAAAGAAAGCCUAAGUUUAUUGGUUUAGUUGCAUGCUUACUAUUGUGAGCCUUCACUUUCAUUUGUACUAGAGCUUGAAAUGUUGUUGUACGUCUGAAUUCUGUGCCUGAUGUAAGAUUCAUGUCUUAUGUAAAACUUUCUUUUUUACAGCUAUUCCUUAUACAAUGGGUGUGAACUGUCAGAAAUAAUAGUAAUGCAUUUUUCCUCUAGCCCUUGCAUAUUUUGAUCUGCUUACUGCACAUUGUGGCAGAUAAAACAUCUGGUACAGGGUGCAGAGAGCCCUAUUCUGAAACCACAAGAAAAGGCUAAUUCAGAAAUAUAUAAGAACCCCCCUAAUGAAUUACAUUUUUAAUAGGCAAAUUCUUCUUUGUUAAAAUGCCCCAGCCUGGGAUUUUUUCUAAGAAGAAGUCAAACCUUCAUCUUAUUUGUAUUUUGCAGGAAUCUAUAACAUUUUGGCGCCCUAUGUAAAUUAGCUUUUUCUUGCCCUGUAUCACCUACCAUAAGCAGAGGUUAAUUAUCCCGACAUUUUUUAAGCAAAAUAAUAAAUAUGACCCUUAGUAUUCAGCAACAUACAACCUAUUUUGAGCUAUGCUAAACGAGUGACUGCUCUCUGCAGUAUAAAUCUGAAAAAUGUAAAAAGGUGCCUUAAAAGGUAACUAGGUUGCUAUUUUAUAAUGUAUUAUAUCCCAUUACUCUAGACAUGAGGUCCACAACUUGUUUUCCCCAUGAGUAACAUUCAAAUAUAAAAAGAAUUGGGGAGCAACACACAUAUGAAAACAGUCCCUGAGGAUGCCAAACACGGGCUGUGAUUGGCAGUACACCGAGUUUUUAUGAUAUAAAAACUUUCCUCCAAGCCCAGAAUUAAAAAAUAAGCACCUGCUUUAAAGUCACCGGGAGCAACAUCCAAGGGGUUGGUGAUCAACAUGUUACUCAUGAGCCACUGGUUGUGGAUCGCUGCUCUAGACUGUACUUCACCAAAGUUUUAUCACAGGUCUGUUUUGUUAUGACGUUCAUAAUAUAUUUGCCAUGUCUCAUGAA